CAAGCCCUUCCGCUCGUGGAUAGCUCCGGCGACUUUAAUCUGAAACCCGGCUGGGAAUCAGUGACCGGUUCCUUCAUCGCCAUUAAUGCCUUUCCCAUAUCCUGUCGCUGUGUUAAAUCCCCGCAGGGUCCGGCACCGUCCGCUCACCUUGGUGACGGUUGUCUUGAUUUGAUACUGGUACACAAAUGCUCGCAUCACGAGUUCCUGCAGUACCUAGUCCUACUGACAAAUGCUAAGUCGUCUGGGACUUCAACUCAUCAUCCUGCCGUCACCGCCGAGCACUUAAAGUUGCCUUUCGUGGAGGUACAUCGGGUUCACGCAAUGGAGUUCACCCCUCUGGACCGCAACAACCGGCCUCUUCCGACGUGUACUCCCAGUACACUGUCUGAUAGCGUUCUCACUGCUAGUGUGCACGCUAAGCACAGAGAUCCCAAUGUUUCCGUCUGGUGUGUCGAUGGAGAGAUUUUGCGACAGGCCCACGUCUUUUGUCGCUGCAGUACGGCUGAAGUAAGUGCCAAUCUGGUGGCCUACGCCGCACCCAUCCUGUCUACUAGUGUCAGGCUUGUUGAUCCCUAA